UAACUAAAAAAAUAUAGAUUUGAACAUACUUUUAAGUUUAAAAAUUCUAAUUAUAUAUGCGAAUAGCUUUGAGUACGAUAAGGUUUGUGGACGAAACAAAACAAGUAUGGCCGACGUUUUGGAUUUGGAAGGAGAGGGGGAGUUUGAAAUAGACGAAGUUGGAGAUGAGGGCCUUCAGAAAUUGAAAGAAAAGGCAAAGAAAAGGAAAGGAAGAGGCUUCGGUUCAGAGGGGACAACCAGGAGUGGUAUCGAGGAUAAGGACUAUGAGGGGAUGGAGGUAGACACUGACGGGGGACCGGGACCUCAGAGAUCCGUUGAGGGUUGGAUUCUGUUCGUGACGGGGGUUCACGAGGAGGCCCAGGAGGACAACUUGUAUGAUGCAUUCUCAGAGUAUGGUGAGAUCAAAAACCUCCAUCUGAACCUUGACAGACGCACUGGUUUUCUAAAGGGCUAUUCGCUGAUUGAGUAUGAAACAUUCAAAGAGGCCCAGACAGCAAUUGACUCCCUGAAUGGCAGCGACAUUCUUGGACAGAAAAUCAGCGUAGACUGGUGCUUUGUGCAGGGAGCUAGAAAAACGAAAGGUCGGAGAGAAGAUAAGAGGAAGAGAUAGAGCUCCAGGUUUUGGCAUCAUUCUGUAUUCCACAUUCUUCAUUAUGUCUUGGAAAUGGGACACUUCAGUGGAUAUACACUUCAACAAAUGUUCAUUUUAAUAGGUGUUUGACCAAUACAAACACACAGACUUGUUGCUUUGAAAACCGUGAACAAUGUUAAGAUGUAAAAGAUAGACAUAAGUUUUCUCAGUUUUUUUUUUAUUUGUUAAUGAUUAACUUGUAUGUGAUUUUGAAAAAUAAUGUUAACGACAAUGAUAAAGUGUAAUUUGGAUGUGUUGAUGACAUGAAAACAAUGUAACACAAACAAAAUACUUUGACAAGGCAUCCUGAUUAAUAUCUUUUUAAAAAUAUUUUCAGUUAGGUUUAUAUGUUUUUUCGGAUUGUCUUCAUGUAUUCAUUGGAUAUGUACAGUGUAAAUACCAUAACAUCCUGUGAACUAAACAAUAAAAGACUCCUUACAA